AUGGCUACACAGACACCGCCUGUGCGUGCCCAGGGUGUAACUGGUGGCGCUGGAGGCACCCCCUCAUUCUCGUCUCUGGGCAUCAAAAACACAAACAUCAACACCGCCCCGGGCGUCCAGCUGACAGAGCAGCAUAAGGUCCUGGUUGGUUCCGUAUUGGAUCUCUUCGAGGGUAACCCGACGCUCAAGCACUUCAGCGUCUGGUCCCAGGAUGCCACCUUCACCGACCCCCUUACGGUAGCCACCGGAUACCACAAGUACGCUGCACAGUUCUACGGCCUGCCGGCACUCUUCAAGCCCAUCGAGCUUCAGAACCACCAGGUGACCAGCGCCGGAAAUCCGAUCGAGUUGGAGAUGAGUAACAAGUACGUCGUCAAGGGAAUCAAGAAGGAGCAGGUGAUAAACUCGAUUGUGCGCAUUCAUGUGGGCAGCGAUGGCAAGAUCGAUAAGGUUGAAGACCGUUGGAACGGAAAUCUGCCCGACGGCGCAAUCAGCGAUGCCUUCCGCAAGCUGAACGCCGUGACCGUCCCGACAUUCGUCAAAGUUCCCAAGACAGAAGAAGAGGAUAUGAAGAUGAAAGCCGAGAGGGAGUAG